CCGGCCAGUCAGCCGGGGGCGUGGGCAGGGCGCGGCCCUGAGCGGGAAACAUGGCCGAGUUGGGUCCUGGCGGUGGUGGCGGCAGCGGCGGCGGCUACGAGGGUGAGAGUGACGACAGCUCGUUCCAGGCGGCCGUAGAGGUCUUCGCGAAGCUGAAGGACCUCAACUGUCCCUUCAUUGACGGUCUUUAUAUCACAGAACCAAAGACCAUUCAGGAACUGCUGUGUAGCCCCUCGAAGUACCGCUUGGAAAUCUUGGAGUGGAUGUGCACAUGGGUCUGUCCCUCUUGGCUCUACAGGUUCAGCUCGCUGAAGGGGGUGUCAACUGAAGUGAAGAUCCAAGCAGAGAUGGUGAAACUGGGCCAUGAACUGAUGUUGUGUGGGCUGGAUGACCAGGAGCUCCUGAAGGGCCGGGCCUGUGCCCAGAAGCAGCUGCACUUCAUGGACCAGCUGCUGGACGUGGUCCGCAGCCUGAGUGUCGGCGGCUCCAGCUGCUCCAGUGCAGAGGAGUGCUUCGAGGACACCAGGGAGAAGACCGAGGGACUGCUGGGGGAGCUCUUCUCCAGCCCUUGCCUGCAGACACUCCUGAGACCCAAGUGUGAACCAUGGCCUGUGGACAUGCAGCCCCUUCUUGACAAGCAGAGUGACGACAGGCAGGGGGCCAGCCCCUUGGUCAAGUUGGAGGAGGAGAAGGUGGCAAAACUGGCCCGGCAGCUGCAGGAGAGUGCCUCAAAGCUUCAGGCACUCAGGGUGGAGUGCUUUGCACAGCAAGGAGCCACUGUGGGCAGCGCCCACGCCAGCACCCUGGACCAGAAGCUGCGCCUGGUCAUCUCUGACUUCCAUCAGCUCGUCAUGGCUUUCCUGCAAGUCUACGACGGUGAGCUGGGCGAGUACUGCCAGCGCCCAGGCCCCUACCUCCACCCAUGCGGCCGCAUCAUCCAGGCUGUGUACCAGACCCUGACGUCGUGCAGCCAACUGUUGAAGGCGGCCGUGGAAGUCACUAGCACCUCAGUGAAAGCCGUGCACAUGGCGAACCAGCAGCAUGACGAGCAGAUAUGCUGGGGCAACAACAGCUCUGUCAUGAGUCUAGCCACCAAAAUGGAAGAGCUAACCCAGCAAUAUAAGACCUUCAGCAACUGUCUGCACAAAGGCCCACAGUAGCCUGUGGGCAGUGAGCUCUGCCCCGAAGAGCCAGGCAGCAGCAGUCAGUUCCCUUGCCGUGAAGACAUGGCCUCUAGCUGCUCAGCACCUUCAGCUCUUUGGCAAGGGGUCUGGGGGUGGGGA